AUUCAGCGAAUUAGUUCUUCAAAUUCGCUUAAGAAUAGCGAUAAAGUGGCGGGGGCUGCAAAUAAUAAUGGGAAAGGGGGACGACCAUCCGCCCCAGUUGACGUGGGAUCUCCUUUACUUGACUGGGAGGAGGGAGAUCAUUUCAGUUUUGAAGAUUCGGAACGAUUUGAAGAAGAUUCUUUGUGUAGCUGGAGUUCGGAACCGGAGAGUCUGUGUAACAACUGGCGAGGAUGGAGAAGACCAAAUCUACAAAACGUAUUUGGAACUCGCUUGUCAAAAAAAUCUAUUCAAGAAAAAUCAGUACCAAGCUUGAGUGAAUUGGCAGCAAAAUGUGUAGCUAGUCACAUACCCUUUGAACUGGUAGAGCAUGUAUACCCACCUGUGCCUGAACAACUCCAGUUACAAAUAGCCUUCUGGAGUUUUCCAGAUAGUGAGGAUGAUAUCAGGCUAUACUCUUGUCUUGCAAAUGGGUCUGCUGAUGAGUUUCAAAGAGGAGAACACUUGUUCAGGGACAGAGCUGUUAAAGAUGUCCUACAAAUUGGGUUUCACCUCUCAGCGAGUGUCACGCUCAGUAUGACCCGAGCUCAAUACAAUGUUGCUGUGACAUUUGACAGACAGAAAAUUUCUUCGUGUAACUGUACAUGCUCAUCAUUAGCCCAUUGGUGUUCACACAUAGUUGCAGUCUGUUUAUACAGAAUACACUUACCAACACAAGUUUGUCUGCGAGCACCUGUAUCAGAAUCAUUACAACGACUACGAAGGGAUCAGUUACAAAAGUUCGCGCAAUACCUCAUAUCAGAAUUACCACGCCAAGUGUUACCAACGGCUCAAAGAAUUUUGGACGAGCUACUGUCGGCUCAACCCAACCAGAUUAAUACGACCUGUGGCGCACCAGAUCCCACAGCUGGGGCGUCCGCAUAUGAGUAUACUUCGUGGUUUCUUGACGAGAAAACCUUGCAUAACAACAUCAAUAAGAUAUUAGUGAAGUUUUGUGUUCCAACUCCAAUAGUAUUCAGUGACGUGAACUACCUUAGCACAAGCGCUCCACCGGCAGCCUCAGAAUGGUCGUCAUUGCUGAGACCGCUACGGGGUAGGGAGCCGGAGGGAAUGUGGAACUUGCUCUCGAUUGUACGGGAGAUGUUCAAAAGGAGUGACAGAAAUGCAAUUCCUUUACUGGAAAUCAUUACUCAGGAGGUCAUGGCUUGUGAGCAGAUAAUAGUUUGGUGGUACACUACAAAAGCGGCACUCGUAGCGUGGGGUGGCGGCGGAAAGCAUGGCGCAGCGAGUAAUUCUGCCGCUCAACACGCCUGUUCAUCGCUUUGCGACGAGGUUGUAGUUCUGUGGAGACUCGCUUCGCUGAACCCUGGACUGGCGCCAUACGAAAGGGACACCUUACACGAACAGUUUGCACAAUGGCAUGUAAAAGUUCUUGAUAAGGUGGCAAAGAAUCGCACCAAUAAUAACAUUAACACGCCAACAUCAUCCCACCCGCGACAUUCUCGCGCCUACUCCCAUCCACCUUACAUCAAUGGUAUUAGCGAGAAUGAGGUUUUCCCCGGUUUCCACCCAGCCAUGGAAGCCUGCUUCCUCGAAUGGGACGACUAUCAGAUACCUGGAGUUACAUACACUAAAGAACUGAAUCCCAUGUACCACAGCCCUUUUACCAUAUUCCGGCAUUCUGAAAAGGAUAGCGUUCAUCAGGUGAAUUCAUCGAAGGCGGUCUUGAAUAAUGAAAUGUCGCUCAGUUAUCGUCUUACGAACCCGGAUCCUGCGUUCCAAGGACAUAGGACUAUGGUGCAUAGGCCUAACCGAGUAACUGUAGAUAUUUCUAUGGCAGGCCCUUCCAGUCAGCCCUGCGGCUCUGGCGAAAGAGCUAAUGAAGUUCGAGUUACUGGUCCCAGUGACGGAAAUCACUCCAGUGUGUCCUCUGAAGGUUUCUGCGAGAACGAGGAAGAAAUACUCCAGCAAAGUGGUGGUGACACUGAUUCGCAGGAGUCUAGUUCUACUGGCGCGUCGUCUGAAGAUGCCGCGCGUCGCGUGUCGCACGACGACUCUGUAUCCGAUGAUGACUGUAACCUGUAUUACUACGACGCCACAGCGGCGAGCCGCGUCACGGUAGAUGACAAUAACUCCGAACUUGUACAUGCGAGUGCAAGUGGCAGUAUUGGUAAUGAGCGCAGCGUCGAUGAGCUAAGCUGGGGCUGCGGGUGGGACGUUUCGUUCGCCCGCGCGGAAGGCCUUCAUGCGCACGGACACGCUCGGGAAGCUUGUGCGCUGGGCGCCAGGCUUGCUGCGGAGUUGCUUGCUAGUCCUCCGGCACUUGGUGCCAAUGGCGGUGGCCCGGGCUCGGUACUGAGCGCAGCGGCCGAAGCGCGUCGUGCGAGGCGUCGUCACACGCCCUCUCUGCGAUUGUGCGCGGCCAGCCAUCGCCUCUCGUGUCUCGCCUCCGCUACACUAGCGCAGUGCGCCUUCCUCUGCACUGUCUUGGCAGAAUUCAAUGAACAUCACGAGCUAGCGUUCAGAGUAGGAUUAUACGCGUUGGAAAUGGCCCGUCCACCAGCGAGUACAAAGGCUUUAGAAGUGAAACUCAACAAUCAAGAAACUGAGCUGGUAGCUUUAUUGAAGAAACUGCCUACUGGUCCAGAGCAACUGGUGUUGGCAAGGGAAAAGGCUGAACAAUUACGCGAUGGAAUGCUUAGAAAUCGAGGUCCUGCUCUAUUGCCGAUUGCGCUUGCGAGUUUCUUAUUUGAUGUCCUUGUUUUAUCCUGUACGGAUAAAGAAAACAAACAUUGUGCAAGAUUGCCGUCAGAUGAAAUGUUAGGGUUCGAAGCGGCCGUGGCAGCGUUGGGUCUGAAAGCCAACGUCUCAGAAGCCGAACACCCAUUGCUCUGCGAAGGAACCAGACGGCAACGCGGGGAGUUGGCCCUCACUCUGCUUUCUUUCUAUAAGGAUGACCCUGUUAAGUUAGCGAGGAUCAUGAAUAAGUUACUGGACCGUGACAUCCACCAGCUAACAAAGGGUCCAAUGGUCAGCAUGUACUACACUAGCAACGCACGGAUGGCUGCCGCAUACCGAACUGAUCAUCCGACGUACAACCACCAAGUCCAUUCUAUUCAUACACAACAUACUGCAUCCGUUAUACCACCGCCGAUAUCGGCAUGUUCUCUUGUAGGAGAAUUGGAUCGGAUGACAGUUACGGAAGGCGGGCCAUCCCCAACAGCGGUGCCGCACUCUUCUCAUCAAUCGCACCAAUCACAUCAAACGCAUCAGACGCACCAGCCGCACCAGACGCACACAAACACACACCAAUCUCAUCACACGCACAACACACACAUCCCCAAACUUAAAGACUCCAGAUAUAAAGGAAAACGGUUGUACCCAUCGGUACCAAACCAACCGUCUGAAGCAUUAGCUCACUUUAUGUUCGAGUUGGCAAAGUCUGUACUGUUCAAAGCUGGUGGAUCAUCGAGUACCAGUCUGUUCACACAAACGUCAUGUGCAAGAGAACAUCAUGGUCCUCACAGAGGAUUACAUAUGGCGGCAUUUCAAUUGGGCGUUUAUGCGUUAGGGCUACAUAAUUGUGUUAGCGCGAAUUGGUUAAGUCGUACAUAUUCUUCACAUGUCAGUUGGAUCACAGGACAAGCGAUGGAUAUUGGAGCUCCUGCCAUUUUAUUUUUGAUUGAUGCUUGGGAGGGGCAUCUUACACCCCCUGAAGCUGCUGGAAUAGCCGAUAAGGCAUCGUCUGGCUGCGAUGUCCACAUGGUACGCGCAGCGGCGGAGCUUGCGUUGUCGGUAUUGCCACAUGCGCAUGCGCUCAACUACAACGAGAUCCAGCGCGCAGUGCUGCAAUGCAAGGAGCAGAGCGACUCAAUGCUUGAGCGCGCCUGCCUCACCGUUGAGGCUGCCGCCAAAGGUGGAGGAGUGUAUCCUGAAGUGUUGUACACCGUGGCGCGAUACUGGCACGAGUUAUAUCUCCGGCAAGCUACUGAAGAAGGUGAAGGGCUGCCAGAAGAGCCAGCCUAUCGAGCUCUACCCCCGGUAGCGGUGUCGUUGCCCUACGCCCUGCCGUAUCCCUUUUUUCCCUACCCGCCACCUACUAUCUACCAACUCCAGGUCACGCAACCUGCCCAUUUCGGCGGAGCGGCGACAGCACACCCCGGCGCGCAGUUCGCUCUGCCGCCGUACUUCGUACGCGGGAUCGUUACGCCGACACACCCGCUUCCUCCACAGCUGACUCACGCGCCCAUCGUCCACCCGCCGCCCAUCGCCGUCAACCAUCCAUCACCGAUUCCGCCCCCAAUGCCGGCUCAGAUACCGACGGUUACCGUUAGCAACGUGGGGGUGAGUGGGGUGAACGGCGUAGGAGUAAACACUGCAAGCGUGAGUGGGGUGAGCGCGGUGAGUGGCACCGUCGGCUCCAACGUUGGCCCACCGGCAUUACCUCCAGCCCAGUUGAGGAGACUGUUGGCUGCAUACCGCGUUGGAAUGUUAGCCUUGGAGACACAGGCGCGACGUGUGCAUGAUGACCGCCCGCAGAAUAAAUUUGGAAGGAAUCCGCCGUACGGUGAACACGUGAAGUGGCUACUACGCAUUUCGAAGCGUCUGGGUGCGCAAUACCUUCACCAGUUUUGUGUGUGUGCGGUCAACUCUGUGGUGUCGCCAUUUGUGCUGUACGAGCUAUGUGUGGAGUCCGCUCAUUGGCUGGCAAGGGGUGGUCCCCAUCACCUUGUAAUGCAACAUCUGCGCGGCACUUUAGCGCCACUCGUACACAAGUGUCAACAGAUGUACAUCCAGUGCAUACAUCAGAAGUUGUAUCACCUGACGUCUGUGGAGUACGAGGAAUUUGUGGGAAUCGUACUAUCAGCACGCACCGCCUUCCAGCUCACUCCUGAAGGCAACACGCAGUUUAAAGAGUGGCUCGCCUCGCUGCGUAGAUCAAAAUCGUGCAAGAAGGACCUGUGGACGCAGCUAAACGCGGCCCUGCAGACGAGUGGUAAAUGACGCCGGCAGCCGAUAGUUUGUACGAUGCGGUGCGCCGCGCGCAAACUGUCGCACUCACGGCGCUGGCCGCGCUGCCGACUCGUCUACCAAUUGCACCUCUAACUGUCCAGCACCACAGCCUGUCGCUCCCCUACCAAUCGCCAGUAGCGACGUUGCUAUUAAAGUUACUCGAGUUGACUCUGUGAAUUUUUUAUCGUUCGUUUGAAUAUUUUGAAUGAGAUAGUUUUAUUAAAAGUAAAUCUUAAAGAUCGCACGGUUUUACUUCGCUUGUCGGAAGUUCUGAAUGUUGUUGUAAUGUACGUCUAAGUAAUAGAUCAUAUAUCUGCACAGUAGCUCGUUUCCUUCUGCCAUCAUAGAUCGCGCGUACUGCAAACGCAAUCGGUGUAUGACGC